GAGCAUGUUUAACCCAAUGCAAUGGAAAGUUCUCUCCACCGCUUCCGGCUUGGAAAAUCGGAACGUCAGUCCGCGAGAGGAAAGAAGCGCGGAGCGGAGGCUUCGGCAUGUUCAAGAUGCAGACAAAUGAAGAGGAAAUGCGUUAGGGUCGUGGAUGGGUGUGUUUGUGUAGUGGGGCUUCACUUCAGUGUUCGUUCUUGGAAGUUGGGCGAAUACCAAAAUCUGGAGAGAAACAGACGGAACUUCAGGACAUGGCCACAUGGCUCUCGGUCUGUCUCAACGACAAUACAGCUUCUGACACAACCUCUCCUACUGCAUACUCAACAACCAUCUCGCCAACUACUCCACCAAUCAAAAAUAUAGGAACUCCGAGGGUCUCAGCACCACCAGCUGGACGGCAGCUCGUAGAUGCAUAUUUUCGUCAUAUUCAUCGAUCAUACCCGUUCCUAGACCGCACGGUAAUUCUGAAGGAGGUUGAUUCUGCGCUGAGUCUCUCAGAAGGGCUCGAGAACAUGUCAAGGAAACUUUACCUGAUCAUGGCAAUUGGAUGCACGACUCUCAGACGGAUAGGUCAUGUCUUGGACGAACUUUGUGCCAAGUUCAAAGUACCAGGACAAGUCAUACUUCGAGACUGCUUGCUCAAGAAUGACAUUGAUUCCGUCGAGGAACUUCUCCUUCUGUCCCUUUACACAUUCUUUGACCCUGCUGAUCUAUCACCUUGGAUAACCACUGGAAUGCUGACACGGCAGAUCAUGGCUAUGGGUCUCACUCGUAAGCUUCCUGGCACUCACGACCUUACUCUCUCCCAAAUCGAAACUCGGCAUCGCUUAUUCUGGAGUAUCUAUAGCCUGGAUCGCAUCGUCUCAGUCUCCACCGGCUUACCAUUCGGUCUCUCAGACCACAACACCAACAUCCCUCUCCCCGGAAUCAGCUUAGAAGAAUACGCGUCUCUGGACCGAGAAUACUUCACCACCACUCUCCAAGUCAACCGCCACAUCAUCAACCUCCGACAAAUUGAAAGCGCCAUCCUUGAGCGUAUAAACUUCGUCAACCCUCUGCACACGACUCAUUCCGACAAACGAGCGGUCGUCGCAGAUCUCCGCACCAAGAUUGAGGAUUAGUAUACCCAAGGCUGUCUCGUGAAUCCUCUCGAACGAGACCAUAUCCCGUUUCACAACACG